AUGACUUCACCGCUUUUGGCUUUACCACGCGAGAUACGCGACACCAUAUACGCUCGCCUCAAUCGAGACGUUGCCGUCAAAGACAAAUAUAAGCUUUCUCACAACCACAUCUUUGUCAGGAUCAAGGGUGCACCUUUGCCACAGCUGCUACUUGUCAACUGGCAGCUGCACAACGAAUACAAAGAGGCGAUCAGUUACUCAGCACACAUUGCAAUAGACACACUAGGUAUGGCAUCAGUAGCGAGUGUACUGAAUGAUGCGACUAAUGCGGUGGUUGCAGAGCCCUUUUGUUUCCACCACCUCGACGCUCGACUGCAGCACAUCCUCGCAAAUCAAGUUCGUAGCAUCACUCUGAUGAUCGACUGGUGCGUCAGAUCUGCCGAGCAAGAGAAACGCCUCUCCAACAAUACCAACUUGUUCUGGCGCAUGUUCCAAGAACUCGCACACGAAAUUGUACAUCCUCAGGUGACUACCCUGAAGAUCGCGUAUCUCGACUCCAUGGGUGGUGGUGUCUCAUUCGAAAUGCUCGAUAUGAUCGAAAGGAUCAUCCUGGACAUGCGACAAGAGCGAGGAGGUAACCAGCACCCCGUCCGCGCAGUGCCAGGCUGGAGCUGUGGUCGCUCCGAGAUUGACCAGCGUGAGGCCUCUAAGGUGGCUCCUGGUGGUGCUGUCUGCGAUAAGUGCCACCGCAAGGAGGAGGAAGGAGGAGGAGCAAGGAGGAGGAGCAAGGAGGAGAAGCGCCGUGAACACGAUAGGCUCCGGAAGAAGCGGGACAGGGUGUACCGGUAUUAA